AUGGCGCAACAACAGAACAGUCCGUCUAUGCCCCAGCACAACGGGCCAAGCCAUCAAGCCCACCCCGUCAAUUCUGACAACGAUGUGCCUAUAGAUCCGUCUAUUGCGGCUCCGAGUCCUACCUACCCUUACGGGCAGCACUCGCCGUAUGCGCCUAAUCCAGACAUGUCUCAUGGCUACUCCCAUCCCAGCGGUGGUAUGUACGCGCAGCCUCGCCCUGACUGGGCAGGCUACAGCCAGCAUGGAGCUCCUCCUUUGACUCCUGGCCACCCCGUUUACGCUCAAUCGCCCGCCUCGGCGCCGCAGCAGAGACCCAGCCAGGUUUACUCUUUCGUGCCCAUCCCCGGGGCGCAGCAGCACAAGCGUCCUCGAAGACGAUAUGAGGAGAUCGAGCGCAUGUACAAGUGUGGCUGGAACGGUUGCGAAAAGGCCUACGGCACUCUGAACCAUCUCAAUGCCCACGUCACCAUGCAGUCUCAUGGACAGAAGCGAACUCCCGAAGAGUUCAAGGAAAUCCGCAAAGAGUGGAAGCAGAGGAAGAAGGAGGAGGAGGCCCAGCGAAAGGCUGAGGAAGAGCGACAGAGGGCUGCGGCCGCGAGCGUCGCACAGAACGGCGGUGGGGAUCCUCAAGGCCCCGACGGCGCGCCUUCAUCUGGCUAUCCCGGACGAGCUGUCCAGCUGCCUCCCAUAGGAUACCAGCCUACCCAGUACCCGGCGCCACCUUCAGGCAAUGUUGGUCAGCAACCCAUGCCCGAGUAUGGAGCCGGCCACAUGUAUUCCAACUACCAGCCUCACUCUCCUUAUGCCCAGCCCAGCCAGCAAAACAUGUACAGCCAAUCAAACGGUGCACCCGCUCCUAGCCAUUAG